GGCUUCAGCCGCUUUUUUUCGGGGACGGCUGACAACAGUCAACAAGCUCGUGCCUGCUCGUGCAGCGGCGGACUCUCGGCGCGUGAACAGGGGAGCUCGCGACCCGCCGGGCGGAAGCCAUGAGCGGGGGUUCGCUGCUUCUCCUUGCAAGGGGCCGGACGGAAGCGCAGUCGGAAAUGUACGGGUGCCAGGAAGCGGCCAUGCCGGACUGGAAGCGGGAGCUACUGCGCAAGAAGCGCACCAUGCACAAGGCAUUCCCCAGCUGGGCGGCGCUCGCGGCCGGCUCUGGUGGCGACCGGACCGUUCACAAGGCUGUUCACCUUGGCGACGCGGCGCGCGUUCCGGCCGGACUGGUUUGCCCGCAGUCGCCCCGCGGAGGUGGCCCCCCGAGCAUGGGCGAAGACAAAGGCGGCCAGGCCGAACUGGAAAGUUCGGAAGACCACGAGUGGCAGUACGGUCCAGGCUUCGUCGACAGGCUGCGAUGCAAGUUCCUCAGCUUGAGCUUACGCGAGCCCAGUGGCCUGCAGCAGCCGCUGCGAGCUUACGCCAGCGUGGAAAACCUGUUGGAACCGAAAUCGAGCGUCCGGCCUACGUCGGCACCCAAGCCAGCAUUUCAGCGGGCCCGUAGUAUGGAAACCUUGUUAGAUCCACUCAUCAACGAGGACGUUGUAAUCGUGGAGCGGAGUUCGACCACAGCGAGUGAGUUGCCCCGGCCAGAUAUUGUCCGUACUUGCAAACGCAUUUUUGAGGCCUCGGCUGACAACCGCCGGCCGCUGCGGCGGCGGCCACCAGUGUUGCGUGCUCGCGCCCCCCUGCGUGCCGACAAGGAGAACAACCAGCCUCUGGCCAGACCGCGACCUGCUAGGCCCGUAGCCAACAUCAAGCCUUUGCGGAAGCAGGACGAGACGCCCCCGGUGAAGGAAGACGAGCCGCCGCUGAAAGCCCCAGUUGCCCCGGUCGCCCCAGUCGCUGUUGCUCGUCCCGAACGCCGAGACACUACGCCCCUGUGGCCGCAGCUCCGGCAGACUUCACCGGCGGCUACCAGUGUGGUGUUUGACUUCCGGGGCAAGGAUGUAAAGCCGCACGUGGCAGUGACCCGGGCACCCUGCGGCAGUCCGCUGGACUCUGACGAGCUGGACUCGUCUGAUGAGCCGCUUCCAUUCCCGUCCGGCAUCGUGUUCGUUGGAGAGAACGUCGUGAUUGGCGGCGGCGCCCUGCUCACCACCAGGAACAAGAAGCUGAAGACACAGUUCAACGAUAGUGCCUUGGUUACUAUUGAAUAUGUUCCUGAGGAAUGCCAGAGUCCCCGAGGAAAUGGUUACGAUGUGGAUGCACCCACUGUUAAUGGCGGGAAUUGUGGAGGCUCCUUGGGAAGCUACACGCCUAGUGCAUUGAGUAGUGGUGAGGCCUUCCAGUUGGGUCUAUGCCGACCGAGUCGACCUCUGCCUGCUCCCGAGACCGCUGAAGCCCCAGAACCUGAAGAGCCUGCCCCUGCCACAGCCUGGUCUUUGUCCGCCACCAGUUCAGACUUGCUCUUCUGAGGCUUGGGCCCCCUAGUCAGUGCGGCUUCUGUUUGCGCGUCCUUCCUGACUUGUGGUUGGCCUCUGUUGACUCACUUACAGCAGGAGCCCCACGAUCUGUUGAGAAUCUCGCAGUGUGUGCAGCCGCAGUAUGUGUGUAUGUGUGUGUGUUUUUUUUUUAGGCUUUAUGAGUUUUGUCUUGACUGUGCCCUACAGAUUACAGGGCACCUUCUCAUUGGCUGUACUCAAGAACCUUAAUAAACCAGCAGCCAUGGCUUGCUUUUUUUUCUAAGUAAAUUUCAUGUGUUACCGAAUUUAAGUUUUGUACACAUUUUUGUAGUCAAGAGAACUUUACACACAUAGUGCUGUUUAUGACCGUGUCAGGCUCCAGUGAUUGUGGUCUGUCGCAAAUGGUUGCUUGUAAUGCGAUUGUGUUACAGUGCAAAUGUUGAUUUUUGAGAAAGUGACUGGCUGCAAAGUCUCUGUGCAUGUUUCCUGUCCUGUAAAGCCAGUUUAUUUUAUAGUCAGUCGGAUUUAACUGACCAUAUGAUUAAACUGGGGUCAUGUUUGUUUUUUAAUAAAUAGCUCAAUGUUAUGAUUAUAAUGUGCAAUGUUCCAAUGCUGCCAAAACUUAGCACAGUAAAGUUCCUGUGUUCAAGCGAGAUGUUUGAUUCUGUGCAGAAGAGGAAAACCUGGUGGGUGUUGGUUUCUAGACAACUGGUUCUUUGAUACUGUCGCAAUAGAUCUGAAAAACCCUUCAGCUGUGAGAAAGUGUUUGGCAGAAUUGUACAGCGUGUGCUGUCAACUCUCAGGUUUGUGUCUGUUACAGUGUAAAGGCACGGGUACUAUGUAUGCCUGUGCUUUGGUCCUUCUUGUUUCCCACGUUGAUAAAACUGGAUAUUUAUUUAAAAGGCAGUUUUGUCAGAAAAGCUGCAGAGUUAGUGCUAGAAGUCUAACUUCGUUCCAUUCCAAGUCACUAAUCUUUUAGGUUGCUUUGUGCCCACUUAGCACUUCCAUGAGGUUGGCACUUCCAUAAGGAUGCAACAGAAAUGCCAGUAUGCAAUAAUAUACAGGGCAAGUUUGCCACAUACAUAAUACAGUAAGUUUAAUGGAGAAGAAUAUAAAUUAGUGUAUCUGUAUUUUGUAGUAAAUUUUCUCCAGCCAUAAUAAGCAAUCAUUCGAUAUUCAAUUUACUGACGUGCCCGUGUUGAGGUUUAGCAAGUUAGAAAUGAAAAUUCGGUCAUUGAAGAUUGCUUUUAGAUCUCCAGGUUGUCAGCACAGGAUGUUUGGCAAUAUUUUGCAGGUGCGCCACAGAUCCCCACAGGUUAUGUAGGAAGGUGUUGCCAUGUGUAUUGAAUUUUAACAAAUGAAUCCCAUCAUUUUGCUAAUUAUUUGGUGUUUUACAAAAAAAGGCAUUUUACAAAAUGUUGGCUAGGACAGUGUGUGCUGCAACUAUUGUCAUAUUAUGCCUGUGUCUUUCUCAUGCCUAAUGCAUGCCCUGUUUGUGAUACAUUGCCAACUGGUGUUUUAACGGUGCAGUUCUUUUGCUGACGUUAUACCAGGACAGACCAGAAGGAAAAAACAAUUCAUUGCUUUAUGUGGGUUUAUACACAAAAUGACAGCAUUUUGUUAUGCCAAUAUGUGUAUUUCGGUAGGGAAGCGACUGCAUGCAGUGUGCUGAUUCAUUGAAUUUCCUGGUGACAAUCCUACAGGCAUGUUCUUUUAAAAGUGGCUGGUCAGAAAGUAAAUUAAAUGCUUUGUGGCAUUACCUAAAUCAUCCGCUUGCAUUUUUUUUCUGUGGUUUCUACAUUGCUAGAGACAGCUCAACCGCUAAACUAAACACUUUCUACAUUCCAGCCAUAACAACCUCGGUAUACGUACUAGCUGUUUUUGACUGGGUGAACUAGGCUAAUUGAAUUAUUCAGAGUGCAGUAAUAUUGAGUAUAAGGAAUGUGCACAGCCAUGUUGUGGCGUGUGGCCUUUAAUUAUCCAGGCUCCAUGCUACAUCGACUGCCAAAGAUUGCUUUAAGUAUUUUAAAUACCCAUUUCAUACUAACUCUUUCUGCUGAGAAGCAAUUGUAAAUGUUUGUUGCUGUGAAGAUUUUCUCUUCAAGACAACUGCUACCUUUCUAAUUUUUGGCACAAACAUUUUGAGUAUGAAUAAAUGGCAUUUUGAAGACAC